CCCGCUCCGCGGCGCACGGCGCGCACCCCCGGUCGCCGCCCGCUAAUGGUCUGGCCCGUCGGUAGCCGCCACCCCUUCGGCAGCGCCAGCUGCUCCAGCUGCUCCGGGUCUAGCGCCGGCGCCCGGAACUGUGGCUGCCGCGGGCGGUGGGCUGGUGGAGGGGAGAACCGGACCAUCAGCGCAGGCUGCUCGGCCCGGGGCCCCGCGGAGGGAAGCCAAGGAGCGCGGGAAUCGCGCAGGGACCGCCCGCAGCCCGGAGGCCAGGACCCAGGGGCUGGGCUUUCCUCACCGCGGGUACCUUCUUAUCUCAUAAUUUCAGUAUCCUGAAAUCUGAGGAUCCCACCAAGAUAAUAUGAUAGGAACUUGCAGUGAUUUGGAGCCGUAUCCUACUUAGACUAAUGUGGGUCUUCCAGGGUUCCUAAGACCUUGUACAGCGACACACUCUGCUUGUUGAUUGGCACAGACAAGAAUGCCAUCUCUGCCUCAGGAAAGAGUUAUUCAGGGACCCACUCCCCUGGAUCUGAAUACAGACUUGCCUUAUCAAAGCACAAUGAAAAGGAAAGUCAGAAAGAAGAAAAAGAAGGGAACCAUUACAGCAAAUGUUGCUGGGACAAAGUUUGAAAUUGUUCGUUUAGUAAUAGAUGAAAUGGGAUUUAUGAAAACGCCAGAUGAGGAUGAAACAAGCAAUCUUAUAUGGUGUGAUUCUGCUGUUCAGCAAGAGAAGAUUGCAGAGCUACAAAAUUACCAGAGGAUCAACCAUUUUCCAGGAAUGGGGGAGAUCUGUAGGAAGGAUUUCCUAGCAAGAAAUAUGACCAAAAUGAUCAAGUCUCGGCCUCUGGAUUAUGCCUUUGUUCCUCGAACAUGGAUCUUCCCUGCUGAAUAUACACAAUUUCAAAACUAUAUGAAAGAAUUAAAGAAAAAAAGAAAGCAGAAGACUUUUAUAGUAAAGCCAGCUAAUGGUGCAAUGGGUCAUGGGAUUUCUUUGAUAAGAAAUGGUGACAAGCUUCCAUCUCAGGAUCAUUUGAUUGUUCAAGAAUAUAUUGAAAAGCCUUUCCUAAUGGAAGGUUACAAGUUUGAUUUAAGAAUUUAUAUCCUGGUAACAUCAUGUGAUCCAUUAAAAAUAUUUCUCUACCAUGAUGGACUUGUGCGAAUGGGAACAGAGAAGUACAUUCCACCUAAUGAGUCCAACUUGACCCAGUUAUACAUGCAUCUGACAAACUACUCUGUGAACAAGCAUAAUGAACGUUUUGAAAGGGAUGAAACUGAAAACAAAGGCAGCAAACGUUCCAUCAAAUGGUUUACAGAAUUCCUACAAGCAAAUCAGCAUGAUGUGGCUAAGUUUUGGAGUGAUAUUUCAGAAUUGGUGGUGAAGACUCUGAUUGUAGCAGAACCUCAUGUCCUACAUGCGUAUCGAAUGUGCAGACCUGGUCAACCUCCAGGAAGUGAAAGUGUCUGCUUUGAAGUCCUGGGAUUUGAUAUUUUGUUGGAUAGAAAACUAAAGCCAUGGCUGCUGGAGAUCAAUCGAGCUCCGAGCUUUGGCACUGAUCAGAAAAUAGACUAUGAUGUGAAAAAGGGAGUGCUGCUAAAUGCACUGAAGCUACUAAAUAUCAGGACCAGUGAUAAAAGGAAAAACUUGGCUAAACAAAAAGCUGAAGCUCAAAGGAGGCUUUAUGGUCAGAAUUCAAUAAAAAGACCCUUACCAGGUUCCUCAGAUUGGGAACAACAGAGACAUCAGUUGGAGAAGCGGAAAGAAGAGCUGAAGGAGAGACUAGCUCAGGUACGGAAGCAGAUCUCGAAAGAAGAACACGAAAAUCGACACAUGGGGAAUUACAGGAGAAGACGGGGGCCCUCUAAGCUCUUUGUGUUCCUGGAAAGACUACCCCUCCUCCCAAGAUUUGAUAAUGACUCAGCAGAAUUAGGAGAAUUUGACAUCAUUGAACUUCCUGCCCUCCGGCGAAUUUAUCCUCCUGAAGAUAAAACACUACUUGAAAAGUAUGAAAAUUUGUUGGCUGUUGCCUUUCAGACCUUCCUUUCAGGAAGAGCGGCUUCAUUCCAGCGAGAGCUGAAUAAUCCUUUGAAAAGGAUGAAGGAGGAAGACAUUUUGGAUCUUCUGGAACAAUGUGAAAUUGAUGAUGAAAAGCUGAUGGGCAAAACUACCAAGUCUCGAGGACCAAAGCCCCUGUCUUCCAUGCCUGAGAGUACCGAGAUAAUGAAAAGACAGAAGUACUACAGCAGUGACAGCAGCUAUGGCAGUAGCAACAGCUCUUCAGAAUCCGACGAAAAUGAGAAAGACGAGUACCAAAACAAGAAAAGAGAAAAGCAAGUUACAUAUAAUCUUAAACAGUCCAACCACUACAAAUUAAUCCAACCAUCCAGCUCCAUAAGGCGUUCAGUCAGUUGUCCUCGGUCCAUCUCUUCUCAGUCACCAUCCUGUGCAGACAUCCGCCCCUUUUCUGCUCAACAAGUGAUAUCAGCAUCCCGGCCGAUUUCAGGGUCUCGGUCACAUUCUUUAAACCGUGCCUCCUCCUACACGAGGCAUCUGCCUCAAAGUAAUGAUGCCAGCUCCUCUGACUCUCUGACGAGUGAGUCUUUGCGGAAACUGAGACCAAAAGAUCAAGAAGAUGAUCUAACAAGUCAGACCUUAUUUGUUCUCAAGGAUAUGAAGAUCCGGUUUCCAGGAAAAUCAGAUGCAGAAUCAUUAAUUCUGAUAGAAGAUAUCAUUGAUAACUGGAAGUAUCAUAAAACAAAAGUGGCUUCAUAUUGGCUCAUAAAAUUGGACUCUGUAAAACAACGAAAAGUUUUGGACAUAGUAAAAACAAGUAUCCGCGCAGUUCUUCCACGUAUCUGGAAGGUACCUGAUGUUGAAGAAGUGAAUUUGUAUAGGAUUUUCAACCGAGUUUUUAAUCGCUUACUCUGGAGUCAUGGCCAAGGUCUAUGGAACUGUUUUUGUGAUUCAGGAUCCUCUUGGGAGAGUAUUUUCAAUAAAAGCCCGGAAAUGGUGACUCCUUUGCAGCUUCAAUGUUGCCAGCGCCUGGUCGAGCUUUGUAAACAGUGCCUGCUAGUGGUUUACAAAUACGCAAGUGACUCAAGAGGAUCACUCUCAGGCAUUGGUACUGACUGGGGUAAUUCCAGGUAUUUACUACCAGGAAGUACACAAUUCUUCAUGAGAACACCAAGCUACAACUUGAAAUACAGUUCACCUGGAAUGACUCGCUCCAAUGUUUUGUUUACAUCUCGAUAUGGCCAUUUGUGAAAGAGAAGGGAAGAUCGCCAUGGGUUAUGCAUAAUAGCAAUUCAUUUUUUUCCCAAUUUAACAUUGAAAAGACAGUGACCAUUAACUACUGUUUUAUGUAUAUAUGAUAUAUAUGUGUGUGGAAAAUAUGUACACACAUGCACUCAAAUAACACAUAUAUUUAUUAUAAUAUAUGAAAGAAAAAUUAGCAGGAAACUGGAUAUAAGAUUUAACCUUUCUGGAAAUGUAAUAAACCAUGUUAAAAUUGUUUACACAAAUAUGUGAAUGUCUAGAAUUUGCUAGGUUUAUAAUUAAUACCUUCCUACUAGAAAUGUUAUUUUUGCUGCAGAGUAUAUAAAACAGAAUUGAUCUUGAAGAUCCCAUUACAAUGUUAUUUUCUAGAUAAUACUUUUGACUUAAAAAGAAUUAAUAGUAUAUUACUUUAUUAAUUCUCUUAUAUAUAUCUAGUAGCCAUUUAAAAUGAAAACAAAAAUUAGAAGCUUGGUGUUGCUUGAUGAUAGGAUUAAGUAUAAAAUGGGUGUGUCAUUACUAUAGCACACAGUAGCAUGCUAUUAAUAUAAAAAUCCCACCUGGAUUCUCCAAUAUUUUUAUUCCUCAGUGUGGGAAUCUAGCUACUUGUGAAAAUGAUAAUGUAAAUUUUCAGUAAGGCUCUAGUAAGAUCACAAUAACUAUCUAAAAUGGAAGACAAUCCAGUGGGUUAAAAAUUAAACUUACUAGCUUAUAUUUUUAUUUUUUAUUGAGAGUCACAUAAAGGGAACAGAAAAUGGUGGUAAUAGCAAAAUCUUUCCAUAUGGCUUUUGUGUCUCUUACCACUCAUACCACUUAUGUUUUCUUUUUUGAAAGUAUACCUCUGAUGGGUACAUAUGGUCAAAUACAGUUUCUUCUCUUCUUCAGAAGGGGAAGAGCUGAUAAUUUAAGCUUAUUUCAAUGUUACAGAAUGAAUGUGUCACAUUAUUUUAUAAGCCUCUCAAUUUUGAGACCAACGUACGUUGCAAAGACUAAUGCAGAGUUUCAAAUUGCACCAUAGAAAGCCAUCUAAAUUAUUACAAAAAGAAGAUUCUGAUUACUAAAUGUGAUUAGUCAUGGAUGUUCUCUUGAGAAUUUCAAAAAAAAAUCAAAAUAGAGUAUGAAGUUUUCUUCUUGUCCAAAGUUAUUAUGCAUAAUUUUCAUAGCAGUUUACUUCCUUUUUUGCUUACAGUUUCAAAAACUAUGAGUGAGCUUUCAGUUUUCUAUACAAAUAUAAAAAAUACCAUGGAUAUCCUUCGAGACGGUGAUAUUCACCUUUUAGAAUUUUAUUUUAAUUUCUCCCAGUAGUUUUAUUUUUCACAGAUGGUAGUUAUUUGCGACAUUCAUGAAUGUUUUACCUCCUUUUACUAUCCUGAAAGCUUUUUCCAGUAAAUCGAGAAAUGGUCCCAAAGCAGAAGGAGAACUGAGAGGGGCAAACUGGCCUGCUUUAAUCCACAAGCUGGAUAACUGACAACCCAAAGUUGUAAGUUAGAUAUAUUUUGCUUUUAAAGCCAUAAUCUGAGGCUGUAUUUGGAUAAAAUAGGUUCUUCCCUAAAUUGUUGCUAGUUACUGGAUUCUUUAUGACUACCAACCACUCAUAUUCCAAUGGAUACUCUUCCUUGCUAAUUGCAUCCCAAAGGAGAGUUAUUGUCUUUGUGGGAAAAGAGGAUAAGGAUGUCAGGAUGAAGGAAAUCACAGUGUAGCUCUGAGUGUUUAUGAUACCAUUUUCCUAAAUAUGUUUAGAAUUUUGGAGAAUAAAUAAUGCUGGAAUUGGGAUAUUAAUAAAAUCAUUGUAAGAAUGAUCAGCAAGUAGGCCUUUUCGUGGAGCAAUUUAAGUCAUUUUUUGGGUUCAGAUUCAUGAUUUGUUCAUGAGUGAGACACAGUUUCAAAGGUCUGAUGUAUGAUAUCAGUCCAGUUUCUUGGCCGCUCACUUGCAUUAGCUUAAAUCACAAUGGUGACUUAAUUUGCUAGAGUGAAAAGAAUGUCUAACAUGUCUCUCCCUAGGAAAAAAAAUAUUUUAAAAAGAGUAACUUUAAAUGUAUGAAAGUACCCAGUUAGUUAUUAACAAUCAAAUUUGAUUCCUCUAGCUACCCAAGUCUGACUUUUUUUGAGUGCUAGAAUUUUCUUGCCCACAUUUGCCUCUUUAGACUCAUCUGGUUCUGAUAUGAGGAAGAUGUGAAUAAAAGCCAUGUGCCCAUUAUUUAUGUAUACUACCUGGUACCCUGUGGACUAUGGUUGUGUUCACGCUUAUUCCUUAAUGAGAAACUAAGAAGACUCAGUAAUCAACUGUGAAAGUCCCUAGAGGCCAUAGAAAUGUUUUAGUAAUAUAAAAUAUUCUUUAGUUUUUAUUAUAAAUUUUUUAUUCAUAGAGUUAAAAUAUAUCAGUGUAAGUGAUAGUAUGGGUCUGACUCUCUUCUAAGAGAAAACAUACCUUUUUAUCUGAAAAACUCCAGAAACUAUUCAGUCUUACCAGAGUUUUUAAUAGAGAGUUUGGUUUACUUGUGAUGAAAGCAUAUUUUCAUUCUGUUAUUAAAAGAUACAUCCCUGAUCAUUCUGUGACUAAUGCUUUCCAGAACUGUAUAUGAUUGAAGUUAUUCCAGAACUGUCCAAGAAACAACAUUUUAAUGUUAAAUUAUCAUAUAUGAAUAUUGUAUGAGAUUGCAGAUUAGUUUUCACUGUAAUAAUCCAGCACUGUAAUAGUAUUUGCUUCAUGUAUUUUGUUGAAGGAACUAUUGUGAUUCAUAUUAUGAUUAUUAGCAACAAUUUUUAUUUUACCUUGCAUGUAUAAAAAUUAAAUUAUAGUAAGAUCAAAUAUGAAAAUGGCAAUAGGAAUGUUAGAUGCAAAGAUCUAUACACAUUUUUUCAUAUAUCUGAAUUAGGUCUAAAUAUACAAAACUUUUUUAAGUUCUCCCCCUAAAACUAAUAUGAACCAAACUCAAGCAAAAAACCCCAGUCUUCUCAUCCAGUACUUAUACACAGCUAGAUUCUAGUGGCUUGUAGCCAUCAAGAAAAAGAUUUCAUUCUAAUUCUUUUUUCAUUAGAAAGUAUAUGAUUAUAGACUUUAGUUAUCUAACUUUAAAUUUCAUGUUUUAAUAUAAAUUAAUCCAAAUGCUCUUCUUUAGCAUGACAAAGGCAUUCCACUUAAAAAUUCUCUUUAAAUCGAAACUUCCACAUUACUUGACAUUUUCAAAAGUACCAAAAAAUUGGUAGUUGCAUAAGCUCUAUUAUUUGUAGUUUUCUAUAAAGCAUUUGAUUAAUUCUUAUAUGUAUAUUCUUUAAAAUAUAAUAGCAAAUAUGUUGAGAAGAGUGACAAUAAAUACCUUCCUUUUCUGUUCUGUAAUACUUUUUUAACAUUUUGAGUCCUAGUUUACUUGGUCCUAAGGGUUAAACGAUAAAAAGUAUAAGUACAAUUGCUAUGUUCUUGUGACCUGGUGAUUUGUGAAAUUUUCUUUUAUCUUGAGAUUGAGAAAUCUAAUAAAGCUUUCCAGAACUGAAUUAGUUAUCUAAAUAUUUUGGACUAGUGCUACUUACAAAUAAAUUUUGAAAGUUAAUCAAAGUUUAUUAAUCAAAUCAAAGUUUUAUUCCUUACACUGUUUUUUUUCUUUCUUUUCUUCUUUUUUAAACUUCAAGUACCAUUUAAAGUUUUGACCUUUGCAUAGACAAAGUCAAGAAAAGAGAAAUCCUGCUUUUUAAAAUAUUGAUUUAUAGUGGUAUAUUUUUGCCUCAGCAAUAAUAAAACUUAGAUAAGAUGUGUUAUUGGAUCAAGUUCAGUUUUUCUGCUGAGAUUUUUAAGAACAAGGUUGAUGUUUCAAUGUCCAAAAAGCAUUAAUUAUUUGGAUCCAUAUGAAUCAAGACACAUGGCUCUUGUGACAAAAAAUGUUAAGUUAAAAUUAAUUGUACACUUUGAGAUUGUUGCCUUUUUGGGUGUUUUUCCUUUUUGCCUUAUUAUGAAUGGGUAUAUGGUAUUGAAGGAAAACUAUGCAGGUGAAACAGUUUCUAUUAACUGGACUGUAUUAACUAAAAAGAGCUACACAAAGUUUUUACUUUAUCCUCACCUGCCAAUUUGAAAACUAUUGGUAAAAUCGUUAUUCAAUAGGCUAAUAUUUUCUAAAUUAGUAAGACUUACCUUACCAAAGUUAUCAGAUUGAUAUUUCUCUUUCAAAGACUAAAACAACAGUUUUAGUCCUGAGCUGGUUGGUUCAUAUAUUAACUAAUAUACAUACUACAACUUUGAAUAUUAAUAGAUUGGCUGAAGAUUUUAGGUUUGAAGAUUAGUUUGAAAGCAAUACAUUUGCUCCCGUGAAUCAUGAUGCAGAUUAUCCCCAUGUGUUUUACUGCCUGUAUAUGAAUGCAAAUGUUGUUACAGAAAAUAUGCUUGAAAUGUCAACACAGUGUGCAAUUAGUAUUGCAUCAUCAUGCUUCAGCAUGUGAUACCUGUAUGAUGACAUUAUUUCAACUACUCAGAUAUGUUACUGUAAUAAAAAUGUUUAACAUAAGAAAGCUG